AUGGCACCUCUCCUACCCCGAAUGCAGGUCUUUGAGAUAGCAGACCAAGAAUGGUAUCAUCAUCCCCUUCCUCCCUCGCUCUCUCACACACAACAUCGAUCUAACAACCAUCCAGGUUCCCCCAAUUCCUCCGCACCCACAUGCAAGGAAGCAGCCACCGCCCCCCCACCGGUCCAAUUCAUCCUCACCGACAUCCAUCCCCACCCGGCCCUCUGGUCCGCCGCCGCCUCUGCCUCCCCUAACCUGUCUUAUGUCUCGUCUUCUGUCGACGCGAGCAACGUCCCCCAGCACUUGAUCAAUGACCAGAAGCAAAAAGGGAAGAAGGUUUUCAGAUUGUUCAACCUUGCCUUUCACCACUUUGACGACACCCUCGCGAGGAAAAUCCUCCGAAACACGCUCGAGACCAGCGACGGGUUUGGCAUCUUUGAACUGCAGGACCGGUCUCUGUCGGGGUUUUUGGCGUGCUGUUUGUUCGGUCUUGGGGCGAUGGUCAUGGCGCCUUACUAUGCUUUUUUGUGGGGGGCUCCGUUGGCGCUGGUGUGGACGUAUCUGGUGCCGGCGCUGCCAGCGGUGUUGGUUUUUGAUGGGUGGAUGUCUAGUCUCAGGACGAGGACGGUGGGGGAGGUGAAGGAUUUAAUGGGGAGUUGCGGGUUGGGGGAGGGGGAAAUAAGGAAGUGGGAGGUUAGGAGUGGGACGGAGAGGUUUAUUCCUGGGGUGGGGUAUGUCAAUUGGAUUAUUGUGACGAGGAAGGGGAGUCAGGAGUAG